AUGUCGGUCCGAAGGUGCAGGAGUUGCGAAGUUGCAGAUCAGCCUGCGAGUCCAAUGCAGACUUCCAGGCGCUUGCGCCCUUGGCGAAGCAAUGCCGGUGCGGUUGCAUCUUUCCUUGCCUUGCCGGGUGAGCAGCCAGAGGAAGACUUGUGCAUGGAUCCUGCAUCUUCGCCAGCUGCUUCUACUUCAUCCUUGUCUCCAAACUACGAAGACCUGCUGGGUGUUCUGCUCUCGUCUGCGAAUGCUGCCGUGCUCACCCCCGCUCUUCGGAUCGCUGGUUUCUCGUCUCAGAUGCCUUUGCAGAUUUCCGGAUACGUGCAGCUGGAUAUGGCAGAAGAAGCAGAUCAGCCUGGCAGUGCAACUGCCCUUGGAGAAGAUCUCGAGCCUGUUCCGGAGGCUGAGGGCUCCAGCCUGGUGUGGGACAGAGGCGCUACUGGCCCUGUCCACGUCGAACACCAUGAGCAUCAACAGUCUCCAGAUCCUCCCGUGCAUCAUGAUAAUGAUGACAUGAUGGUGGCCGAUAUAGGUCUAGCCAUGAUCUCUUCCGGACUGACAGUGAUGCUUGCGAUGAUGGGUGCAGUCUGCGCCUUGCGGAUUUGCCGUGAAAUGUCGCGACGUCGUGGUAGCGCCAGCACAGCAAACGUGGUGGAAAGCGGGUUGCCAGAAGGCUCGGCACAGGCCUUCCGGCCCUUUGGAGGACAGGGCUACCGCUUGGUGUUGGAAGGCGAUGUCAGCAAACCACCGACACCCCGGAUGUCGCCUGGUGACACGGAAGUCAAGGAGGAGAAGCACUCUGAGAGGCACUUUCCUGAGACUGGCUUGCCAAAUUUCGGAGCCGGUCUUGCUAGCCUUGAUUCCUCUGACACUUGA